UUACAGCACUGGUAGAGUUUGUUUUCGUUUCUGUGCCGCUGAGGUUUAUUUACUAAACGUUUAAAAUACACACAUGUGCAUGACAUAAACGAGACGAUGAAAACCUCGGGUUCCGUCAAUCCCGACGAGCUGAACAAGUCUUCGCACGGAAAGGUCAGCAAGAAGUCCACCAAGUCGCGUUCCAAGUCAGCCAAGUUGGAGUUGGCCGGAAAAAACUCAGCUUCUACUUCCGUAUCUGCCUCUUCUGCAUCAGCAGUGGGUGGGGGCGUGGCAGUGGGCAGCCUACCGGCCACGCCCACACACCUGAACAUGGUGACAACGCCUACAACUCCGACAUCAAGUUUGGGCAACUACAACCUGUUUGAUGCCUCGUUUGCGGUAGCAGGAGGAGGGGGCCAUGGAGUUGCCGGGGGGAUUGUAGGAGCUGAAGCCUCCGGAACAUCCAGCCGAAUGGGUCACCAAAAGAGCUAUGCCGGCUUUGACCCCAGGAGCAUUAAGAUCUUUUGGGAGCAGCACGACCAAACGGAUGUGGAGUUGUCCCAGGAUGUGUGUGCCCGACUGGCGGAGGAUGCGUCCUACAAAGUGUGGGAACUUAUCAAUAAUGUGAAGAUCUAUUCCCGGCAUUCCGGAGGAGUGGUGACCUACGAUCUGGUAAACGAGGUGCUCAAGGACGCAGAUGUGCCGCCCAUGCUGGGAGCCAUGGACAGUGACUGGGAUCGCAUUGACUACGACGGCAGUUUCUACUUUCACUCGGAUAAGAUCUUCGAACUGAGCGCAGAGUUUCAAAAGGAAAUUCAUCUCUCCACGCCGUAUGAUGCCGACUUCCAGAGCAUCUGUGCCGUGGAAGACAAGCACUCAGAUCAGCUGAGACAGUGCGUUCAGAGCCUGGUAACGGCAGCUCUUUUUGCGGACAGCAAAACCCAGUCGGCGGCAGUCGCUCACGCCUUCCAAACGCCGCUGAUGGGAUCCAUGUACCGGGUGAUAGUGAGCAAAAUGGUCCAGCUGCUGGCCUUCAAGCAGCAGGAUCAGUUGAGCCAGCGAUGUUGGCGACUGCUUCGAGCCUGCAAUUAUAACGCCACUGCCAACCACAACGCAUGUCGGCCAGAGUAUUUCAACUUGGCCGAGGUCCUGGUCAGCCAGUUGAUGGCGCCCUUCGAGACCAUCAAGGCUCCUCCCGAGGAUCCAGCUCCCGGGCAACAGACAGGCAUUAAAAUGGAGUGCGAAGAGCAGUUGAAAACCGAGCCAGAACUGUGCCCGAAUCCCGAUGCCACAGAAGCAGACAAGAAGGAGCAGGACCCGCAAGAGUUAUCCAGUGAGACCACCCAGGAGCACACCAUCUACAAACUUCAAACGGAGGAGGAGGACCGGAAUGCCCAUCCGGAAACCGAACACCUAUCGACUUACUUUGCCAGUCCAGUGGAAAAUGCUCUGGUAGACGAGCUGUGCGAAACAAUGGGCCAGCUGGCGUCCCAGAGUGGCUAUCUGCAUUCGGAGUGCCUCUUCCUGAUCAAAAGACGUCUGGCGAGAUUCUUCGAAGGUCGCGAUGUUUGCAGUGAGCGGGACUACAAGUACAUCAGCAGAGCCGUGCGUGGGCUGAUUUCCCUAGGAGAGUACGCCUUCAGGGAGUUCAUUCCGUAUAUAUACAAGCUAGGCGUCGAGGAAAUCCCGGACAGCCUGUGGUUGGAUUUGGCGCCGGCUGCCAUUUUUCUGGUCGGACGGGAGGAUAUAUUCUUAUACGAGUGGCUCGAGCAUGGAUGCGGCAGCGCUUUGCAGCCCUUUAUUGUGUACUAUGCGCGUGCCUACGAAAAGAUGGUGUCCAGGCGAUAUUCGAGAGUCAAGCCUCCCGCUUACAGAAUAGAGUCGGUGCCCGGAGUGCGUCGGCUGGAAUGGAGCACUCUGGCUGCAGCCAUGUGCCACGGCGACGAUCCCAGCAAGGCGCUCAAGCCAAAGCCGACUCUCUGCGAGGCCUUCCCCGACCUCCAGCCCCCGAACCUGCAGCUCAACUGCGCGGGCAGCAUUCGCUUCAAGUUCGCCGGUUGCCGACCAAGGCUGGUGAAGCCGAAGGUUUCGAGCGUUCCGCCUUCCGUGGACUCCCCUUCGUCCACGGCGAAUGGUGGUGCGGGUGGUGGUGCCAGCUCGGAUAUUCUCAUUGCCAAGCGAAAGCUGUUCAAACCGCUUACCAACGUGAGGAGGUGCCUGCCCACCAGCGGCUACCACUACCUGAGGAUCUGAAUGGGAUUAUGAAAAAUUUAAGGGGGAUCUCAAUAAAAAACUAAGAUAUCACUUUAAAA